UGACCACGGACUUUUGUUUGAAGCGGACGCCUCUCGCUGCUGCUGCUGAGUAGUACAGAGUGCCGGCACUCGGGCGGCGGAAAAUAAUAAAACAAUAAUUGUUUUUCAAGACGAAUGUGUGAAUCAGUGCUAGUGCGGUGAAAUUCCUUUUGUCUAAACCUGAUUAGUUGGAAACUGCAGGUGUAAUUGCCAUUAAGGGUACGUGGAAUUUAUUGCAGUGCAGAUGCUGCAGCAGCCGAGACUCCCGCGCAAAUAAUACACCAAUACAAACGCAUAUAUAUCAUCAUAUACAUAUAUAUGUUUAUGUAUAUAUAUAAUCAACAAUUACGCCCACGCAGCAGCAACAACAACGCGACAGAAUAGAAGCCGGGAGCAGCGGCAACAACUUUAUUUCACCUUUAACGGUUUCAAGUCGACUCUCUUGGGUUUGAGAGGCAUUAUUAAAAUGGCUUGCACCUGUGAAGUUAUUGGCCUGGCCUGUGUGGUGGCCCUAAUCCUAAGUAUAUCCGCUAAAGCUCCAUAUCAGAUGCGUAUGAUCUUUAUAUUCUUUGGAGCGGGUGCCAUAGUCCUGCUUUGUGUGCCCUUCAUGAUCCUGAGGCCAAGGGACUAUCGUAAUGCCCUCGUCCCAUCUUGGGCCUUCCGGCAGCUGUGCCGCUUGAUGGGCAUCACCAUGGAGGUGCGAGGCCUGGAGAAUGUGCGCAAGGACCAUGGUGCCGUGGUCAUAAUGAAUCAUCAGAGUGCAGUGGAUCUGUGUGUGCUAGCCUAUCUGUGGCCGGUGAUUGGACGAGCCACGGUCGUGUCCAAGAAGGAGGUUCUGUAUAUUCCAUUCUUCGGCAUCGGGGCAUGGCUCUGGGGCACCCUUUAUAUUAAUCGUGCCCGCAAGUCGGAUUCGAUUAACUCGCUGCAGAAGGAGGCCAAGGCGAUACAGGAGCGCAACUGUAAACUGUUGCUCUUCCCGGAAGGCACACGCAACAACAAGGAUACGCUGCUGCCCUUUAAGAAAGGCUCGUUCCAUAUCGCGCUCCAGGGCAAGAGCCCCAUCCAGCCCGUGGUCAUCUCAAAGUACUCAUUUAUGGACGAUGAAAAGAAGACCUUCCGCCCGGGUCAUGCCCUAAUCCACAUCCUGCCCGAAGUGUCAACGGAAAAGUACAACAAGGACAACAUUGAGGAGCUGAUCGGCGAGUGCCACACUAUCAUGCAGACGGAGUACACGAAGCUGAGUAAAGAAGGCCAAGCCUUGAGCGCGAAGAAGCAAGCAUAGGACUGGAUAUAGGAUAUACAUACGAUUCAACUCAGGUUAAACGAAGAUAACACCGAGAUGAUAUACAAAAUAGUUCCUGCUUGAGGACGUAAUUUAUUGCAAUCUAGAAGAUUCGGCUAAGCAUGGAUGAGAGAGUGAAGGAAUUAAAGCAACGUAAAUUCGGAUAUGUAGAGGGGACUUGGAUUAAAUUUUGCCUAGAAUUAA